AUGGAUGAUUAUGAAAAUUGUCCUUCAUAUAGCAGUUUAGAUAAUACAGCAUUUGGGUUUUUAAAUGGCACAAAUUUAAAUAAUACAUCCCCAACUAUCAAUACACAAGGAAAUUUUUGUCCAGUACCACCAGGACAUUUAAACGGUAAUGGAGUAACAAAUAAUGACGAAAAGUUAGAACCACCACCAACAUUGGAAGUUAUUUCACAAGCCCUAUAUGCAUUAUACAAAUCCACCGAUACCAAUGAAAGAAAAUUAGCGGAGAAAUGGUUAAUUUUAUUUCAAAAGCAACCAAGUGCAUGGGAAUUUUGCCCAAGAUUAUUGUUUGAAACAAGUAUUUUUGAACUUCAAUACUUUGGUGCAUCUACAUUGGAGAGCAAAUUAAAAAAGGAAUGGAAUGAAAGUUCAGUUGAAAUGAAGUCUAAUAUUUUAAAUACAAUUGUGGGAAUAAUUCAAAACCCAACCAAAUUACCAGUUUGUUGUGUUACACGUAUAUCUGUUUCAUUGACCAUUGCAGUAAUGUAUACUUUUCCUGAUAUUUGGAAGAAUGCAAUUUUCGAUAUCAUUCAUCUAUCACUACAACAACAAGAUUUAAAUUCAAUUUCCCUACAAGACCCUUCUCAAAAUAGAUUUAACAAAGAAAGAUUACUCCUUGUAUUAGAGUUUUUAUCAAUUUUACCUGAUGAAUUAAAAAAAAAAGAUUUAAAUUUGUGUAAUUUCAGCGAAAUCCAAAAAGAAUUAAAAAGAAUUAUAGAUUUAGUUUACAAAUACUUAUUAUCAAUUUUACUACUACCACUUGAAGAGAAUUUAGAUUUUAUAAAGAUUUCAUUUAAGGCGUUAUCAGGAUGGUUAAAAUAUUUAUUACCAUCAGCAAGUAUGCUCCAAAAUUGUUUUGAGAUUACAUUUAAUAUUGGUCAAAAAAAAGUAUCAAAGAAUAAUAUAACUAGUUACCCGUUAAUCGAUUCGUUGGCAUUAGUAUUAGAGGGUUCUUCAUUAUCAAUCGAAAGUCAAUUCAAUUCAAAUAAUAGCAGUAAUAAUGAUAGCGAAAUCAAUUGUUAUAUACAUUCAUUCAAGUAUGCAAUAGAAAACUCUCUCAAUAUAUUCCCAAAUUUCUAUCGUGAAGCCAUACAAAACGAAGACGAUAUCAAGAGUAAAUCAAUUUUCAAUGUAUUUAUUCAAUUUUUAUCAUCAAAUAAUACACUUCUUUUUACAAAUGAUUUGAUUCAUCGUUGUUUAAACCUUUUGAUUUCUUUUGUAGAGAUUGGCAACAGAGAGACAAUUUCACUAUUGUUCUAUUUAAUCGAUGACUUCAAGACACACACAAUGCUCGUUCAACAAGACCAAAAUGUUUUAAAAUUUUUCUUUUUAAAACUAUUAAAUCGUUUUAUAGACAUUUCAGCAUAUCCAAAAGAAGAUGGUUCUGUGAAUUGUGAUAAUUCACCUCUUUCCAGCAGCAAUGGUGUAUUUUGCAAGAUUAAUGAUGUUUUAUUAGAUGACGAUAUCGAACAAUUUAGAAACUCUGCUUCAGAUUGCUUACUUUCUAUUCAAGAUAAUUCAAUUGUUCCAAAAGAAACUUUCUUACAAUUCCUUAUUGAUAAAUUAAAUCAAGCAAUUAACGAAUGUAAUCAAAACUGGGAAUAUUACGAAUCAAUUCUCUAUUAUAUUUAUUCAUUUUCAGGUGGUUCCCAAGAAUGUCAAAUUGAUUAUGUACCAAUACUUUUAACAAUCAUUCCAUCAAUUCCAAUAAAGUCAAUUCCACUAAUCAGAACAUCAAUUAAAUUGGUUGGUAGAUACUCUACAUUUUUAAAAAAUAAUACAGAUUACUUGAAUAAAGUAAUAUUCGAUUUAUUACCAGCCCUUACACACAAUGAGUUGAUAUCAUCGGCUUCCUCUUCAUUGUUGUCAAUUUGUAUAAGCUCAAAAUGCGCUUUAAAGUUAUGGCCUCAUUUUAAUCAAAUUCUAGAGCAAAUCGAAAUGUUUAUAUUGGGUAAUCAAAAAUCAAAUCCAAAUGUUGUACAGAUAUAUAAGUCAUUAUUACACAUUUUGCAAGUUGCACCAGCUAAAGAAAUUCCUCAAGCAUUUUCAAGAUUAAUCAAUCCAAUUGUUAAUUCCAUCAACGAAAUUCAACAACAACCACAACCCCAGCAACAUAGAAAUCAAUUAGCAAUUUAUUUAAAUAUCUUGAGCUCUGUAACUGAAAUUAUAGAGUAUGAUGAAUUUCAAAUGGAACAGCCAAAUGCCCAUUGUCUAUACUCUUUCUUUAGAACGGUUAUUCCAAUACAAGGUAAACUUUUAAAACAAUUUGGUUCAGAUUUUGAAAUUAUCGAUUCAAUUACAAUGUUUUAUAGAUUCAUGAUGUUACACUCAAGAGAAAUUGCUAUAGAUUUUACUGAUGAAAUUUUACAACAGGCUACCCAAUCUUUUAAUCAAUACCCAAUUGCAUCAUUGCUUCAAAUUAUUUCUGCUAUUAUAAUUCCCAAAUUACCAGUUAUCACAAUACAAAAUAUUAAAAAUUCAAUUUCUCAAAUUUCAAACAUAUUUUUAAAUACUCUCAAAUCUUUUAAAGAGAACAAUCAAUUGUCAUUAUCUUCAACAUCAUCAUCUUCAUUAUUAACAUCACAAAACCAAGAUUUUAGUUUAGAUUUUACAAUUACUCCUGAUAUUACAAAAGAUUAUUUAAUAUUAUUAACAAAAGUUUUAAAGACCUUGCCACAAUGUAUAGAGCCAAAUAUAAUUUCAACAAUUUGUAUUUAUAUAGUUUAUAAUAUUCCAGAUUUAACCAAAGAUAAAUCAACAGCACAAAAUUGUUGUUUAUUUUUAUCAACAUGUUUAUCAUUAGUUAAAUUAGAUAAUCAAAUUAUUAAGGAAACAAUUUUACCAAAUAUGAAUCAAGUCUUUGAAGGUAAUUUAAAUCAUGGAUGUUUCUUGGUUUAUAACAUUUUGAUGAAUAUCUGUUGGUCUCCAUUCUCUGUUCUCACAUUACAUUUUUCCGAUGUUUUAUUAGCUUUUGGUAUUGGCUAUCCAAAACAAUUAAAACAAAACGCCACCGCAAUUUUAAACGAUCCCAGCUUUUUCAAAGAUAAAAACAUCAAUACCAUCGACAAGCAAUUAUUUUUAACAAAUAUUCAAAAAUCAAAUUCUCCUCAAGCCGAAUUUAGAAGUUAUGUGCGUACUUUUUCCUUUAUUUGUAAUGAUAAAUAA